UGAGCCGCCGCGGCCCCUCCCGGAGCAGGCUCGGGGCCCCGCGCCCCGGCCGGAGGAUGCUCGGCCUCUGAGGGCGGCCCGCUGCCCGCCGCGCCCGGCCGCUCGCCAUGGGCAAGGACCAGGAGCUGAUGCAGGCGGUGAAGGCGGAGGACGUGGGCACGGUGCAGAAGCUGCUGCAGCGGCCCAAGCCGGGCAAAGCCAAGCUCCUCGGGUCGGCAAAGAAAGUCAAUGUCAACUUCCAAGACACUGAUGGGUUCUCGGCCCUGCACCACGCUGCUCUCAAUGGGAACACGGAGCUCAUCUCACUGCUGCUGGAGGCCCAGGCCGCUGUGGACAUCAAGGACAAUAAAGGGAUGCGGCCCCUGCACUACGCUGCCUGGCAAGGCAAGAAGGAGCCCAUGAAAAUGGUGCUGAAAGCCGGGUCGGCCGUGAACGUCCAGUCGGACGAGGGGCAGAUCCCCCUGCACCUGGCGGCGCAGCACGGGCACUAUGACGUGUCGGAGAUGCUGCUGCAGCACCAGUCCAAUCCGUGCAUCAUGGACAAUUGCGGGAAGACGCCCCUGGACUUGGCGUGUGAGUUUGGCCGGGUCGGGGUGGUCCAACUGCUCCUGAGUAGCAACAUGUGCACAGCCCUGCUGGAGCCCAAGCCGGGAGACACCACCGACCCCAACGGCACCAGCCCCCUGCACCUGGCAGCCAAGAACGGGCACAUCGACAUCAUCAGGCUCCUGCUGCAGGCUGGCAUUGACAUCAACCGGCAAACCAAGGCGGGCACGGCCCUGCACGAGGCAGCCCUGUGUGGCAAGACGGACGUGGUGCGCCUCCUGCUGGACAGCGGGAUCAACGCCCACAUCCGGAACACGUACAGCCAGACGGCGCUGGACAUCGUCCACCAGUUCACCGCCACCCAAGCCAGCAAGGAGAUCAAGCAGAUGCUGCGGGACGCCUCGGCGGCGCUGCAGGUCAGGGCCGUUAAAGAUUAUUGCAACAACUACGACCUGACCAGCCUGAACGUGAAAGCCGGGGACGUCAUCACCGUUCUGGAGCAGCAUGCGGACGGCAGGUGGAAGGGCUGUAUCCAUGACAACCGGACCGGCAAUGACCGCGUGGGCUAUUUCCCGUCCAGCCUGGUGGAAGCGAUCAGCAAGCGCACAGCAGGUCCGUGGGGCGCAGUCACCAUUCCCCACCACUACCAAAAGAUCCCGCUCCCUGCGCCCAGGGCGGCUGUGCUUAACGGUGACUCCUCGUCCCAUCCGUUCCAUUUCUUGCCUCCACCUCCACCUCCUCCACCACAUUCCCAUCAGCCUCUUUUCAGUUCCUUUGGCUAUCACAGGCUCUCCCAUAGCACUGCAGAGGAGCUGCCUUAUGGACCAGGUUCCCGAGGGUCCGACAGCCCGUCGCAUCUGUCGCCGUCGCAGGGCGGAUCCGCUGCCACGCCGGCUCCGGUGGAAGAGAUCUGGGUGCUGCGCAAACCCUUUGCAGGUGGGGACCGCAGCAGCCUGGGGAGCACAGGAAGCGUGGCCAGUGCCCGGAGCUCGGGGAGCGGGCAGAGUACGGGAAGUGGCAGCCAUGCCCUGCAUGCUGGCUCCGAAGGGGUCAAGCUGCUGGCGACGGUCCUGUCCCAGAAGGCGUCGGUGCAAGAGUCUGUGGUGGGUGAUGGGCCGGGCAAGGCCCUGGAGGCUCCUGCAGGUUCGUCUCGCACUCAGAGCCUGGCUAGCACGCCCUACGCCGGGCAGCCGCCCGCCGAGCAGCAGCUGAAGAAGAUAGAGCCAAUGUCAGAAGGGAAGAGCUCCGAGGCCGUGUACCAAUGGCUUUACAAGUUCCAGCUGCAACUGUACGCGGCCAACUUCAUCAACGCCGGGUACGACAUCCCCACCAUCAGCCGGAUGACGCCAGAGGACCUCACCGCCAUUGGCGUGACGAAACCCGGACACAGGAAGAAGAUCACCUCGGAGAUCAACAGCCUGAACAUCCCCGAGUGGCUUCCGGAGUACAAGCCGGCCAACCUGGCUCUCUGGCUCUCCAUGAUCGGCCUGGCCCAGUACUACAAAGUCCUGGUGGAGAACGGCUACGAGAACAUCGACUUCAUCACGGACAUCACGUGGGAGGAUCUGCAGGAGAUCGGGAUCACGAAGCUGGGCCACCAGAAGAAGCUGAUGCUGGCGGUGAAGAAGCUGGCAGAAAUCCAGAAGGCCGAGUACGUCAAGUACGAGUCGGGGACCCUGAAGAAGAAAGCGCCCCAGUCUCUGGACGUGCUGGCCAUCGAGUCCCCCCAGCAGGAGAACGCCGAGUGCCAGUCUCCCAAGAUGACCACCUUCCAGGACAGCGAGCUGAGCAAUGAACUGCAGGUGGCCCUCACGGGCACGGGCGAGGCACCCGAGGGCCAGGAGAAGCAGGCGAACCAUGUGGCACAUAUCCGGGAUGGAGCAGGCUACCGGGGUCCCUCCUCCAGGCACGUGCAUGAGAACAGCCUGAGCGGCCGGGCCAAGCACAUAAGCAGCUCCCAGGAGCUCUUGGGGGACGGGCCCAAGGGGCCGAGCGCAGCCAUGUCCAAGAGCCAGGAGUACCUGACGGAGGAGGUGAAGGAGGGGCCCCCCAGCAUGCCCAAGGAGGUCAGGCCCAUGCGGCACGGGCACACCGUCAAGAGAGCCAGCGUGCCCCCGGUGCCAGGCAAGCCCAGGCAGUCAUUCCCCCCGGCCGGAGGGCGCUUCACCCCACCGCAGACGCCCACCAAGCCGCGGCCGUCCUCGCCCCAGACGCUCAUCGUGCCCCACGCCACGGCCAAGGUCAAGCCCACGCCGCAGCUCCUCCAGCAGGCUGACCGCCCCAUGUCGCCCCGGUCCCUGCCUCAGUCCCCCACCCACAGGGGCUUUGCCUACGUCAUGCCGCAGCCCGUGGAGGGCGAAAGCCUCGCCGGGCACCCACCGGGCCCCGUGGCACAAGGAGUCCCAGUCCUGCCAGUCUCGGUGCCCGUGCUGUGCCUGCCGCCGCAGAGCGGGGAGGCAGAGGAGGAGCUGGGCAGGCCGAAGAAGCGCGCGCACAGCCUGAACCGCUACGCCAUGUCCGACAGCGAGCAGGAGCGAGAUGAGCUGCUGGUGCCGGACGCCGGGCCCUACGCCACCGUGCAGCGGCGGGUGGGCAGGAGCCAUUCGGUGCGGGCGCAGUCGGGCGGAGACAAGAAUGUCAACCGCAGCCAGUCUUUCGCCGUCAGGCCCAAGAAGAAGGGGCCGCCCCCGCCGCCCCCCAAGCGCUCCAGCUCUGCCAUCUCCAGCACCAAUAUGGCCGACGACUUCAGCAAGGAGGGGGAAGGGGACGUGCCCGGCGGGGAGGAUGAGGAGGGGCAGGAGAGUUACCGGGAGCAGCGGCGCGCGAGCGACGUGGGGGGCAGCGUGGACACAGGCAGCGCGGGCAGCGUGAAGAGCAUCGCCGCCAUGCUGGAGAUGUCCUCUAUUGGCGGGGGCGCCCGGGCGCUGGCCCUGCAGAAGCCUCACCCAGGAGGAGGAGGGAAGGGACCCGAAGGCUACUACCUGCACCCUGCUGGCGCCAUGCACCUGGCCAGCCCGGAGCAUUCCCGCGUGGCCGCUGUCCUGGCCACUGUGAAGCACAAAGACGCCAUCGGCCUGGACGGGGAGGUGGUGAACCGGCGCAGGACCAUCAGCGGCCCCGUGACCGGCCUCAUCGCGGCCGCCCGCAGGGAGCGCUCCGACAGCAUCAGGUCGGACACGGGCAAGGACGGCGGCCCGGUGGAGCGGCUGCGGGCGGAGCACGGGGGCUCCCCCCAGAACAGCUCGGCCGAGAACAUCCCCUUCGCCGAGGAUGGGAACCUGACCAUCAAGCAGCGGCCCCGGCAGAUGGGGCUGGCCAAGGGCGAGGCAGGGGACGGGCUGUCGCCUGCUCACCGGCACGGGAACCUGGCCAAGGUGGAGGCCAGUGCCACACUCAAGAGGAGGAUCCGGGCCAAACAGAGCCAGCAGGACAGCGUCAAGUUCAUCCUGACCGAGUCGGACACAGUCAAGCGACGGCCCAAGUCCAAAGACAAGGAGCAGGGGCUGGAGCCGGCCCCCCUCUCCGUCUACCAGAACGGCACCGGCACCGUCAAGCGGAGGCCGGCGUCUGAGAUGAGCGGUGCGGAGACACCCCCGCAGGGCCCUGCCGCAGGCGACAGGCGGGACAGGCUGGAGCAUGUGCCGCAGGCUGUGGGCGGGGAGCCCAAAAAGCCCUUCAAGCCGCCGGUCUCUCCCAAGCCCGUGUUAACCCCACAAGCACAGAAGGUCCCUGGGCCGCCCACACCCACUUCCAAAAAGGCACCGAUCCCCAGCCCCGGCAGCCCAGAGGUGAAGCGAGUCCACGGCACCCCACCCCCGGUGUCGCCCAAGCCCCCACCACCCCCGACGGCACCCAAGCCCCCCAAGCCCCACGCCGCCAUCCAGUCAGUGAGCGCGGGCUCCACGCCCACCCCAUCCCCUGCCAAGCAGCUCACCACCACGAUCAAGCCUUCAAGCACACCGCCUUCGCUCUGCUCGAGCCCCGCCAAGCCCUUGUCGCCCGGUGGGCAGCCCCAGCAGGUGCCCGUCAAGCCGCCGCGUUCCUCCAUCGCCGGGCCCUCGACGGAGAGCGCCAGCCCCGAGAUGGCACACCAGAAGCUGGAGGAGACCAGCGCCUCGCUGGCAGCUGCCCUGCAGGCCGUGGAGGAGAAGAUCAAGCAGGAAGACGGGCAGGCAGCAGACUCUGCCGCAGAAGCAAAGAGCACAGUCAGCAUUCUGGACGACAUCGGCAGCAUGUUCGACGACCUGGCCGACCAGCUGGACGCCAUGCUGGAAUGAGGCCCGAGGAGAACCCCAGCUAACCUCAGGAUUUACCGUGGGUACAAGGGCACAACGAUCCACCGACUCCCAGCCCCCCUCCCUGCCCCUUGUACAGCCUGCCCCCCCUCGGCGAACAGCCCAUCCUUCGGGGUUUGCACAAAGAAGAAAAGAUUACCUCAGGAUUGUGCUCACACAGCCCGCGGCGCUCGGGGCAGGCUUUUGGCAGGAGUGGGUUUGCAGAAGCAAAAAAACAAAAAGCCCUGUUAUGUUUUUUUCCCUACCGAAGUAGCAAGCAACUGUGGGAUAAAGGCGCCCAUAAUGCCGUCUAAACCCAACUGCCAGGCCGAGAAGGCAGUGGAGUGGGGCUCGUCCCCUGACUCGCCUCUCCAGGCCAAACCCGAAAUCCAGCAAGAACGGUUCUGUUCCGGUUGUGCCGUGUAGCUGAACUUCCACCUUUUUAGUUUGACCCGAUCGUCCUCUCUCUCGCCGGACUCCCAGAUGUGACAGUUCUGUGUGUAGCCAAACGUGGCCCAAUCCGUCUGCUUUCCUCCCCGUUCGGUUUGGGUUAGACUCUCGUUCUGGUGACGCCGUGUUGCUAUCGUUCUCGACCGAGCACUGCCAUUAUCCCGUGUGCCGCCAUCUGCGUUCCCAUGCCCCCGUCUGCUGAUGUUGGGAGACGCUAGGAGUGGUGGGCCGAGGCCGCCCGCUGUGGGUGCCAGGGUGGGCGCUUGCCCGCUGGCAUUCGGUUAGCUGCAUGCUUUGUUUUAUUCGGAAGGUGUUUGUUUGUUCUUUCCUGGUGCUGAGAAGCUGUGACCGUGAGACGUUGUUCUGGUGACAAGUCCGGUUUGACCAAUUAGCUCUUUCAUUUUUUAAAAAUUA